CGACAUAGUAAUUUGGUAGAUGAGUAAAGACACUCUUCCCGCUCAAUAGAUGAGGAUAGAAGGUACUAGACUACGAUACUACCUACUUCUCUACUGCUACGCGGGUAUGAUGCCUUUCCCUAAAGCUAUCAUGACAUACGAGCUCAUGCAUGGUGCCCCACACCACGACCUAAGAAUGCGUCGGCUAGCAGUCUGUGAUAAGGUGUCCAUUAAACUGUUCGGCGGUCAGCAGUAGCAGACGUCGAAAGGGAAAAAAAAAAGCUGGCUUCCAGGGUUUCUUAAUCGGUAGCAAGCAC